UCAGUGUAUGGUUUGAGCCGGUGUUGUAUAAAGCUCCCAUGCCUGAUACAUGUCAUAUUUUUGUUCUACUUCUGAGGGUUUUUUUCUGUUUUCCUAUCCAAAUCUUCUUAACCUGCUUGGUGGAACAACAGAGGACGGUGUGUAAAGCCCGUUAUUGUCCGUCAAAAUUGGCCGGGGUUUGAGUACAAACGGUUUCUUUAAGUCACUUCAAAACUGUGUCCUGCAAUUCAUCAGUCGGGAUUUCUCCUUAGAUAGAACAGCUUUUCUAUUGAACAAACGUUUUAAAUAUGCACUAGAGAGAUCCAGAUAACUGGAUGAUGGGCAGCUCCUUCGAGUAGAACAGUACCAAGCAACGUCCUCUACCAAACCACAUCCUAAACUUCUGUUUAUCAUUAGAUGUAUAAUUCACUUCCAAAACGAUGGUCUACACUGCGUAAAGAUAAAUCCUACAGCCAGGAAUAAAACAAGAUGACUUCACACACACCAAAAUACAAGGCACACUCUUACAGAUAAUGGAUAAAGGUUUAUCUCAAGAUUCUAGUAGUCAGGACAUGACCAAACUGCAAAACAACCAUUCACCAGAUAAUUCAUCCAUUGCUACUGUCACAACUGCUGAAGUUUCCAGUGCAGAGACAACAGAAUCACCUCGACAACAACCCCAAGCAGUAACCAUGGCAACAGACAUACCCUCAGUGUCGUAUAGCACCGUCCAUGUACAGCAGAGCCAAGCUAUUUCGGGAAUGAGAACACUGCUUUUACCGAAGGCUGCUUCGGAGCCAUCACCACACAACCCUCGCAAGACGCUUGUAAGAAGUGCAGCUGUACGAAGCACUCCAUCUCCGCCACUGCCCAACGAAGAAGCCACAGAGGCACCUACACCUCAAACGGUUACAAACACUAGUUUUGACUCUUACAUAUACCAGUCCAGUGACAAUGAAGUGCUGCGUGAGACAACAAUGUCCAGACAAGAAAGUCUCGGCAGGACUUCUAAACAGGGUUCAUUUUCUAGAGAUAAUUCAUUUGAAUACACCGAUUCUACAGGCACAGAUUUACAUGAAUUUAUUGUCAAGACUCUCCGAAAUCCAAGAGACAGAAAAUUUGUUCUGAAAUUGGAGCACGAUUUUUUGAAUUUUAUCCAAGAUCCAAUGAUAAUCUUUAUUAAAUAUCCCCCGAUGACAUCCUACUACAGGAUGAUAGUGCAUAGAGUUGCUGCAUUUUUUGGUAUGGAGCACAAUGUUGACCAGCAGACUGGCAAGUCUGUUAUCAUCAACAGAAGUAUAAAUACUAGAAUUCCAGAGCAACGAUUUGCAGAUCUUGUGUCUUUGAGUAGAGAAGAAUCAGAAGAUUCUGAGGGUUCUAUGCCAAGAGCAAUACUGAGACGACAGAACACACCGUCAGGAGAAAGCACUCCCCCAAAGGUUGACAGCCCAUCGAAUACAAGUCUUGGAAUGGAGGAUAAAAGGUCCAAGUCCAUCGAACAAAGAGUAGAGGAGUACCAUAAAGCAAGAGAAAGAAUCUUCAACCAGGAUUCUUUUUCAUCACAGUCUUCUCAGUCGUCCAAGGGAGAUCCAAGUGAUAUGCCCCAAACACAGAUACUCACAAGAGAUGAUCCAGAUAUAAUAACACAGGAGCUACCAAGAGAACAAGUUGUACGAAAAUACAAGUCGCAGUCCUUUGAUAAUGAGAGAACUAUGGACAAGAGGGCUUCCUCUGCAUCAGGCAUAAGAAUCAUGUCGAACAAAAUGAUGACCAGGUCAUACAGCAGCCCAGGUGCUAGUGCUACUGCCUUUGCAGCUGCCGAGCACAUGUCCAAAGGUUCAGGAAGCCCUAAGGGAAGCAGGCUUCCUCUGACCAGCUACACUAUGCCUGUGUCUGGGGUACAGUAUUGGACACCAGAGGGAGUGCCCUUUGUACCUGUACAAGGAGGUGAGGUACAGAUGGUCCAAACCCAGGGGAUGCCAGCUGGUAUGCAGGGGGGAAUGGUUCCUGUAAUGACUGCUGGUGGACCUUCGCAAGGUAAUGUCAUGUGGUCGGUACCUUCUGAUUCACUACAGCAAGGAAUGAUGCUUAUAAACCCUAAUGCAGCUGUGGGUCCCGAUGGUAACCCAAUGUUUAUUGUCCAGUCACCAUACCAACCCAUGGUAAUGAAGUCAGGAAAUAAUCCAGGGUAUGCUCAACAACCACAGCAACACAGACAACAACAGCAGCCCAUGCCACAGGGUGCUACCAUGUCACCUCAGGGUGGCCAGGUAGUGGUGCCGCAGUAUGUCGGGGGUGUACAGCCAUCUAUGUAUAUGGUACAACAGCCCAACAGGUCGCACUAUGGGCAGCAGCAGGGAACAGAUAGCCCUACCCAGUCCCAAUGGACGGUUAGUGCUCAGCCAAUGACGUCCCCAUCAUAUCGAGACUUGAGUAAUCAGUUCACUAACAUGUCUGUAUCUGGACAACCUCAAGAAGUUGAUCAAACCAUGCAACAGGGAAUGAUUGGCGGUGGAGAUUCAGGGGUUGUAGCGUCAUCAACUACCACCCCACCCCUGUAUGUAGCAAGUGUAUCCCAAGCUAGUGGGUCGGGGCAGGCAGGUCAAGUUCAGUACAUGAUGAUGCCACCUCAGGGAAUGCAUCCUCAUCAACCCCUUCAUUCCAUGGUUGGGCAACCAGUCCAUUCACACAUGGUACCACAAGCCAUGCAGCAAGGAACCUCAUCACAGCAGAAUCAAGCCUUUGUGGUGACAGCGCAGACACCUUAUUCGCCCUCAACUUACCAGCCCACUUAUGGCUUCAGCAAGGAUGGAACUAUCCUGCAGCACCAGCGGUCGCAGUCACCACCAACACCACCUCAAACAUCAUCCCCAGUACUUGCAACACCAUACAACCAAUCUAUUGCUGCAAACUCGCUAAGCAACCAACAGGUCCAAAACACACAGUACCACAACACAUCGCAUUCACAGUCCCAAGUUCUUAGACCAAUGGUUCCUGUUGUCGUUGCUGGUGCCCAUCCUGUCCAGGUAGGAGCUCCUGUCAUUCCAGGCAAUCAACCUGGACAGAUGCAAGCUCAGGGUGGCACCAUACACUACCCACAACACGUAGUCCAAGUUCCGGCACCGUUUCACCCUCCUGGUCAGAACAGAAUGUAUAAUUUAGAUAGGAGAACACAGAAGUCCUCGGAUUUAUACACGGCUGAAUCUGCGAUGAUGGCAGGUCAGGGGGGUUCUGCCAUGGGGCAAGUAGCUGUUACUCAAUAUGGAGAACCAAUGGGAAUGGUUGCAGGAGAAAGAGGACAUUAUACACAGUAUUAUCAAGCCCAAAGGUUCAACCCAACACAGGGAGGAAGUAUACAAGGGGCACAGCAUCAACAAUACUCAAAACACAAGUCUAAACAAUAUCACAAAAAGAAAGAUAGCCCACGCGAACAAAGUUCCUUGAAGAGACAAGGCAGCAAGUCGUCAGACACCGAAAAUUCAAGCGGUGGGGGAACUGUGCUAGAAAUCUACAAUAUGAUUGGUGGAGUGAAGGACCACGAGGCCGACAUUUUUGAUGAACUUAUUUCAAAAGGCGCCAGAAUAAAACGGCCGAGUGACAACAGCCCUAGUUCCGGCGAAACACUGCGCGCAGUCUUUACAAGCGCGGCAGACGCCGAGCAAGCUCUAGCACAGAUCAACAGCCCUAACUUCAAACUUCGCUUGCCCGGAUCCUCCAGUACGACGGACAACAAUUCGCAAGUGCAAUCGAACCCAUAGGAUUUUUUUAAGUAAUAAUAUGGCUUUAUUUUUACUUUGUACUUUGAUUUUUAUAUGGCAAUUCUUGUUGACUCUAAUCGAGUUCUCAUUGUGAAAGGUCUACUUAGGGAAAUGUGUCCGAAGGCAAGACUGAUGAUAAUGAAAUAGCAAUAAAAUAGAGGGUGCGCGCCUCUAAAAAGUCGUAACAAAGUGUAAGAAUUGAAUGUUAUUAAAAUGCAUUGAAAGAA